GACUUAUCGCCUCAGAAGGGCUUUGACAAAUUUCGAAUUGUUUAUUCAUUUUUAAAUUGACACCUUUCGGGACGGCGAUGGCUGGCGUGGCGGCACCGAAGCGGCAGGACACGCGGAAGCUUUUCGAGAAUCUUUCCGGCGUCGGUAAAUCCAUCGCGGUGCUGACCAGCGGAGGAGAUGCCCAAGGGAUGAAUGCUGCCGUCCGGGCUGUUGUCCGAAUGGGAAUCUACGUCGGAGCAAAAGUCUACUUCAUUCACGAGGGAUACCAGGGGAUGGUGGAUGGAGGAGACAACAUCAGAGAGGCGAAGUGGGAAAACGUGUCCAGCAUGCUGCAGAUUGGUGGGACGGUCAUCGGCAGCGCCCGCUGUAAGGAGUUCCGAAGCCGUGAGGGUCGUUUGAAAGCGGCACACAACCUGGUGCAGCGCGGAAUCACCGGCCUGUGCGUGAUCGGUGGAGACGGAAGUCUGACCGGAGCCAACCUGUUCAGAGAGGAGUGGAGUAGCCUGCUGGAGGAACUCCUACAGCAAGGUCUGAUCGAUGAGGAGGCCGUCCGUAGGAACUCUGAGCUCUACAUUGUCGGGAUGGUCGGCUCCAUUGACAAUGACUUCUGUGGUACCGACAUGACCAUCGGCACAGACUCGGCCCUGCACCGGAUUAUCGAGGUGGUGGACGCCAUCAUGACCACCGCUCAGAGCCAUCAGAGGACGUUUGUCCUGGAGGUCAUGGGCCGACACUGCGGGUAUCUGGCCCUUGUCAGUGCUCUGGCCUGUGGAGCCGACUGGGUUUUUAUCCCCGAAAUGCCUCCUGAAGAAGGGUGGGAGGACGUUAUGUGCCAGAAACUGUCCGGGAACCGCGCCGGUAACAAAAGGCUGAACAUUCUUAUUGUAGCUGAGGGUGCCAUAGAUUGCCACAAGAAGCCUAUAACACCCGAUUAUAUCAAAGAUCUGGUCGUCCGCCGUCUGGGAUUUGACACCAGGGUCACCAUCCUGGGCCACGUGCAGAGAGGUGGGACCCCUUCUGCCUUUGACAGAAUUCUGGCCAGUCGUAUGGGCGUGGAGGCGGUGCUGGCUUUGCUGGAGGCGUCUGCCAGCACUCCGGCCUGCGUGGUGUCGCUGGUUGGUAACCAGGUGGUCCGCCUGCCGCUGUUGGAGUGUGUUCAGAUGACUCAAGAAGUCCAAAAGGCCAUGGACGAGAAGAAAUUUGAGGAAGCAGUGAGGCUGCGUGGCAGGAGCUUUGAAAAUAAUCUGACCACCUACCAACUUCUCUCCUUCCGGAAACUGGACUCUGAACUUCCAAAUAGCUCCUUUAGCGUGGCCAUUCUGAACGUCGGCGCGCCGGCAGCAGGUAUGAACGCUGCAGUGCGUUCAGCGGUCAGAGUGGGAAUCACCAAAGGACACAAAGUGUUUGCUGUUAAUGACGGCUUUGAAGGAUUCUACAAGGGACAGAUUAAAGAGAUGAAAUGGGGAGAUGUUGGCAGCUGGACUCGACAGGGGGGGUCCCUUUUAGGGACAAAAAGAACUCUUCCGGCCAGACAUCUUGAUGAAAUUGCUGAACAGAUGAGGAUCUAUAACAUCAACGCACUGCUGCUUAUCGGUGGGUUUGAGGCCUUGGAGUCUCUGCUGCAGCUGUAUGUAGCUCGGGACGACUACAAGGAGUUUUGUAUCCCGAUGUGUAUGCUGCCUGCCACCAUUAGCAACAACGUGCCGGGCACCGACCUCAGCAUCGGCGCCGACACGGCCCUCAACGCCAUCGUGUCGACAUGUGACCGCAUCAAGCAGUCGGCCAGCGGCACCAAGAGGCGGGUCUUCAUCAUCGAGACCAUGGGGGGCUUCUGUGGCUACCUCGCCACUGUGGGCGGGCUGGCUGCUGGCGCCGACACAGUCUACAUCUACGAGGAGCCGUUCAGCAUCCGGGACCUGCAGGCCAACGUGGAACAUCUUACGCAGAAGAUGAAGACGAGCAUCCAGAGAGGCCUCGUGCUGCGGAAUGAGAACUGCAACGAGAACUUCACAACCAACUUCAUGUACCAGCUUUACGCUGAGGAGGGGCGGGGCGUGUUCGACUGCAGGAAGAACGUCCUGGGUCACAUGCAGCAGGGCGGAGCUCCGUCCCCGUUUGACCGAAACUUCAGCACCAAAAUAGCAGCGAAAGCUGUGCAGUGGAUCACACGUACGCUCGGAGAGUCCUGCAGUGGAGGGACGGUGUUCACGAAGUCUGAGGACAGCGCUUGUCUGCUGGGGAUGCGUCGCAGAGCUUUGGUCUUUCAGCCCGUGGCACAGCUCCGCGACGAGACCGACUUUGGCCACAGGAUCCCAAAGGAGCAGUGGUGGCUGAAGCUCCGCCCACUAAUGAAAAUCCUCGCCAAGUACAAGACCAGCUAUGACGUGUCCGACUUGGGCCAGCUGGAACACGUGACCCGACCUCAGUCCAAAGAGAACAACGCUUCGACCAUCUGAUGUCGCCGCCGUGAGACGGCGACUCGACGACUUGCAAAGCGAGCGCGUCUGAUAAACGUUGGUACUUUUAAUGUGUAAGUUGAACCUGACUGAUAAAGGCACGACACUUUUAGAAGAGAUUAAUCACUGAAAGAAAGAUAUUUAUAAACCUAAUCUAACCAGAGUAAGGUAUUCUACAAAUCUAUAACCAGAGUUAAUAAAUAUGAGCACUCCUGAUGAUGUAGUAACAUUUUAGUCUAACUUAUAUUUAAUAUUUUCUGAAGCACUUUGAAGUCGAACCCAUUAAGCUGAGUCGCGUUCCGAUUUUUCACGCUCACACGUUUCCACUUUAACUGCUGAUGUGAUGCGACAGG